GAUGAUACUAUCAAUAUUGAAGGUCAUUUGAAGUAUAUUUAGUUUUGGUGACCCAGCACGAAUUUUUUUGCCAACGACAUCAUAUAAAAAAGUCGCAUUGUGGGAAAAUGUCUAACAUGUAUGAUCUCUCUAAUAAGUAUGGAAAUUUUCAUUAUAAGCAAGUUAUCAGCAAGAGUUACAAGAAAAGAACUAUAAAGAAACAGGGCUGUCAAUGUUGAAACUUCAUGUUUGGGGAGUGAAUUCUCAAGUUUCAAUUAUUUCACCAGAAUGUGUGGCAAGUAGUUGGUUACUUAUAAAUCAAUUCAACAAUGAAGAUCAAUAUGAGAUUAUAACUUCAUGUAAUACCAAUUUAUCUGAUCUUCAUACUUUACCUGUUCUUAUUGAUAGUGAUACCAAUGAGAAAUAUCAUGGGUAUGAAGAAAUAUCAACAUUCAUAGAUGAGUUCAGUGGUAAGAAGAAUAAUAAAUUGAUACUUUCUCAAAGUCAAGAUCUUUCCAUUAGAGAGAAAUUAAUCAAUAUAGGAUUAAUUCAUCAACUUAUAAGUAAAGUUGAAUAUAUUAAUCAAUAUAAUUUAUAUAUAAAUAAUCGAAAUUAUGAAGGAUAUGUUCGAAAAUUAUUUCAAAAUUAUUUACCAUUCCCAAUGAUGUAUAAUCAACCGUUGAAAUUUUAUAAUCAAGCUCAAUUACAAGUUCCAUUGAUUGGAUUAAAUCGGGGUAAAGUAGGGUUCUUCAGCCUUAGUGCUACACCAGAAGUUGCCGAGACGGAGUAUUUCAAAGGGGAGGAUUUAGAUGAAGGUGGUGAUGAGAUUGAAGAAGUGGAGACUAAACCAUUAAGUGCAUUACAUGAAAGACAAUUAAUUAAAAAAUCAAAGGAAAAACUGUUAUUACAAGAAUCUCAGAAUUCAUUAAAAUGUAUGAAUUUACUUCAUUCAUAUCUUGAUAUAUUCUUCAAGACCUAUCAAGAAUUUAAUGGUACAGAAGAGAAACGGAAAUUUGGAUAUAUCUUUAAAGAAAAGUUCAGUUCAAGUGAAGUAUUAUUAUAUGGUUAUAUCUAUUGUUUAACAUUUGAAGAAUUACCGGAUAGAUUUCUUAAUAAUUAUUUAAAUCAUAAACUUCCUGAAACAUUAAAGUUUAUAAAUCAAAGUAUUAAUGAAUUAAAUAAGAAGAAGGGUAAUUUCAGACCACCAAAGGGAGAUGAAAUCCCUAAUCUUUGGAAUGAAGUGAAGUAUUGGACUAGACUUGUUGAGUAUUAGAUAGAGUAUAUCGAUGUAAAUAGGAUAAAUCAAUUUUGUAUUAUAGUUA